CGUAUUUGGCGUAGUGCAGCCGUAGGCCCGGUGAUUUAAGGCGUCAUACAUCGGAAAAUAUACGGUUUGGGAAAGCUUUAGGGGGCUCAUAUAAAAUUCCAAGCUCUGAGGAAUUCGCCGGUACAUUGUCUUAGGUAGUCCAAGAUGAGUUUCUUCCUCCCUGUGUUUGUCACUGCUGCUGCUGUGUUUACAGCAUAUUACGGGUAUGUGCUGUUCCAGUUCCUCUACAAACCCUGGAAGCAAUUACAGUACUUCAGCAAGAAGAUCCCAGGGCCAGUUGCUCUACCAUUCAUAGGAAAUGCACAUCAACUAGAGGCAGAGCCAGCAAAAUUUUACCAGCAGAUCUUGGGUUUUUGCCAAGAUUUCCCCAAAUUCUUCAGGAUCAUGCUGGGACCCAUUGCCAUGAUUGUCAUCACCAACGCCAAGGAUGCAGAGGUAUUAUUUGGCAGUACCAAACACAUUGCCAAGGGCUUCGUAUAUGACUUUCUUCAGCCGUGGCUUGGCACCGGUCUACUUACAAGCAAGGGAAGUAAGUGGUUCCUGCGCCGUAAGAUGCUGACACCAACCUUCCACUUCAGCGUCCUGCACAGUUUCCUUACAGUCUUCAACGAGAAGACUGACAUCCUUGGAGUGAGAUUGAAGAUGAUGACAGAUGGCCAAGUGUUUGAUAUAUUCCCCUUUAUCACGCAGUGCUCAUUGGAUAUCAUUUGUGAGACAGCAAUGGGAAAGAAUAUCCAUGCCCAGGAAGACCGCAAGAAUGAAUAUGUGCAGGCUGUCAUCAAAAUGAGCGAGUUGGCACUUGAAAGGAUGAAAUAUCCGUGGCUUUGGCCCAGCAUGUUGUACAGCAUCCUACCCCAUGGAAAGCAACAUGCUGAAUGCCUGAAGAUUCUACAUGACACAACAGACAAGGUCAUCAAAGGAAGAUACCAGGAGUUUGUAAAAAUGUAUCCUAGGGGUCUCAGGAACCCGUCAGCUGACGAGCCCCAGAAGAAACGUCUGGCAUUUUUGGAUCUUCUGCUUCAAAUGAAGCAAGAGAAUAAGAGCUUCACAUUUGAUGAUAUCAGGGAAGAGGUUGAUACUUUCAUGUUUGAGGGUCAUGACACAACGGCAGCAGGUGUGUCAUGGUGUCUCUAUCUCCUGGGCCGACAUCCUGAGAUACAGCACAGAGUACAGAAAGAAUUAGAUGAGGUGUUUGGUAGUACCCAGGGACCUGUCACAUCAGACCAGCUGCAGCGCCUGCACUACCUGACCUGUGUUAUCAAGGAAACCCUACGCAUCUUUCCCUCGGUACCUUUCAUUGCACGCGUGCUUGACGAAGACUGUGUGUUGGGCGGCCACAAGAUUCCCAGUGGCACUAACGUUUGUGUCCUGAUAAAUGCACUGCAUCGUGACCCAGAUGUCUUCCCAAACCCUGAAGAGUUUGAUCCAGAUAGAUUCUUGUAUCAGAACUGCAUCAGUCGUCAUCCAUAUGCCUAUGUACCCUUCUCUGCUGGAGCCAGGAACUGUAUUGGUCAACGCUUUGCCAUGAUGGAAGAGAAGGUCAUUGUGUCUUCUGUCCUGCGGCAUUUCAACAUUGAAUCCAUCCAAGCGCGGCACGAAGUCUUACCAAUUUCAGAGCUGAUUCUACGCCCGAGUAAAGGCAUCCAGGUCAAACUUACCCCUCGAGUCUUCAAUGGCCCACAGUAGAUAUUUCAUCACAGUGUUUUAUGCAAAUUUGCUUUCACAUACAGGAAAGGUUAAACAGAAACCACGGAAAAGAAUGAAUUUGGUUUAAACUAAAGUUGGAUAGAAGUUGUUUGAGAACUAAUACAGUGUACAUUCUAUGCUGAUAUUCAGACUGGGAAUAUAUGCUCUUUCAAAUUUGCAAUCAGGUCAAUGAAAAGAUUGAACUAAUAUAUCAGGGUUGCUCUUUUAAAUGUGUUGUGCAAUGCAAUUAGAGAUUUGUGGUUUUGGUUGGUGUCAUUGUUCAUUAAUAUUGAGUUGGAAGAGAAGUGGCCAGCAAAAACAGAAUGUUAUUUCACACAGCUUAAGGGAACACUUUGUACAUGUAGAUAGGAAUUGGGUGAUAAUGGCUUCCCAAAGGCCAUUUUUGUUACUUUUUCAGUAGAGUAAUAUCCACAUGUUUGAAUGGAGUUACUGGUUCUUUGACCAGUUGAUUGAAAUGCACCUUAGAGUCACAGUUUGAUUCUCUGAUGUCAGUUUUAGUUUAUAUCUGUUUACUCUUUUCAGAACUAGUAUUAAGUCCACUAGCAUAAAUGGUAUGUACACAUUUUUGAAGGUUGUAGGGCUAUGUCUAAUUCUUGUGCAUUUCCCAAUUUAAAAAGGGAAGCAUGGCUUGUGGCAAAGACACCUCCCCUAUCCAUUUAAUGUUUCUUUUCUGAUCAAAUCAACAAGGAAAUCCAAACAUCACACAUGUUCUGUGGCUUUCAGCAAGCUGACAGUGGUAUUUUCAUGGCAUGUUUAUCCACAUUUCAACCAAGAAGUGCAUUUAUUACAUCGUAAUACAUGUACAUGUACUUGUUCAAGUAACCUGUACAUUUACCAUUUUAUGAGGGCAUGCACAAUUCAUCCAUUUGUGCACGUAAGGAAAAUACUUUUAAAGAUGUGAUGGAAUCACAACUUCUGUAUUUUGCGAUAUCUGGCCUUGUUUGCAUCAAUGAAUACAUAAUGAUUCCAAAAAGAAUGCACACUUUCCACUUCAAUCAGUGCUUUGUAGAAAACAGUCUUGUACCAAUAGUGGUGAUAUAGAUGUACAACUAUGUUCGUCACUUUUCAGUAUAAACUGCCAUUUGAG